AUGGGUAGAGAGGCACUGGCCCUUGGCUGGGCCAUCGUCGCUGGGGUCCUGGCACUGCAGACUUUGUCAGUGGCGGAGCCCUCCUCCUGGUGGUCCCUGCGCAGUAAGGCUGGGGUAUUCGCAGACCUGAGUGCCGAGGAGCUGAAGGCUGUGCGUAGCUACCUUUGGUCCCAGAAGCAGUUGGCACUGGAACCUGCCAAAACCAUGACCUUGGCCAAGAACUCCAUCUUCCUCAUUGAGAUGCUGCUACCUAAGAAACAACAUGUGCUGAAAUUUUUGGAGGAAGGUGAAAGGCGUCCUGUUCGAGAAGCCCGUGCUGUCAUCUUCUUUGGGGCCCAGGAGAAGCCUAAUAUCACUGAGUUUGCAGUGGGACCUCUGCCAUGGCCCUCCUAUAUGAGAGAGCUGCCUCCCAGACCUGGGCACCACCUAUCCUGGGCAUCCAGACCUAUCUCCACUGCUGAGUAUGUUCUUCUUAACCAUGCCCUUCAAGAACUCACCAAACCCCUGCACCCGUUCUUCCUCCAGACCACAGGCUUCUCCUUUCAAGACUGUGCAGACCGGUGCCUGACCUUUACUGAUGUGGCCCCCCGAGGUCUGGCUUCUGGCCAGCGCAGAUCCUGGUUUAUCCUGCAAAGAUUUGUGGAAGGCUAUUUCUUGCACCCUACUGGGUUGGAGCUCCUUUUGGACCAUGGGAGCCAAGAUGCCCACGACUGGGUGGUAGAGCAGGUCUGGUACAAUGGGAAGUUUUAUAGGAGCCCAGAAGAACUGGCCCUCAAGUAUAAGAAUGGGGAGGUGGAUAUAAUAGUUCUGGAGGACCUGCCACCCCCAAGCAGUGAGGACCCUCCUCUCUUCUCCUCUUACCAGCCCCGUGGGGCCUUCCCCAUGCCCACCACCAAGAAUGGGCCCCACCUGGUCCAGCCCCAUGGCCACCGCUACCGGCUAGAGGGCAAUGCUGUGCUCUAUGGGGGCUGGAGCUUCGCCUUUCGUCUGCGCUCCUCCACAGGGCUGCAGGUCCUAGACAUACGUUUCAAUGGAGAGCGCAUUGCCUAUGAGGUGAGCAUACAGGAAGCAGUGGCCUUAUAUGGAGGACACACGCCUGCAGGCAUGCAGACCAAGUACAUUGAUGUGGGAUGGGGCAUGGGCAGCGUCACACAUGAGCUAGCCCGUGGCAUCGACUGUCCAGACACCGCCACCUUCGUGGAUGUCCUCCACUAUUAUGAUUCUGAUGGUCCCGUGAACUACCCCCGGGCCCUCUGUCUCUUUGAGAUGCCAACGGGAGUGCCCCUAAGGCGGCACUUUAAUUCCAACUUCAGUGGAGGCUUCAACUUCUAUGCAGGGCUAAAGGGCCAGGUGCUGGUGCUUCGAACCACUUCCACCGUCUACAAUUACGAUUAUAUUUGGGAUUUCAUCUUCUACCCCAACGGAGUAAUGGAGACCAAGAUGCAUGCCACUGGCUAUGUGCAUGCCACCUUCUACACACCUGAGGGGCUGCACCACGGCACACGCCUGCACACUCACCUGGUUGGCAAUAUGCACACCCACCUGGUGCAUUACCGCAUCGACCUGGAUGUGGCAGGCACCAAAAAUAGUUUUCAGACACUAGGGAUGAAGCUACAAAACAUCACCAACCCCUGGAGCCCAGGACACCAACUGGUACAGCCCACUCUGGAACAAACGCAGCUCCACCACGAGCGCCAAGCUGCUUUUCGAUUUGGGCGGAACCUGCCCAAGUACUUGCUCUUCUCCAGCCCUGAGAAAAACCCCUGGGGCCACAAACGCAGCUACAGAAUUCAGAUUCAUUCCAUGGCUGAUCAGGUGCUACCCCCUGGCUGGCAGGAGGAGCGGGCUGUUACCUGGGCCAGGUACCCCCUGGCAGUGACCAAGUACCGUGAGUCAGAGCUGUGUAGCAGCAGCAUCUACAACCAGAACGACCCCUGGGACCCACCUGUGGUCUUUGAGGAAUUUCUUCGAAACAAUGAGAACAUUGAAAAUGAGGACCUAGUGGCCUGGGUGACAGUGGGUUUCCUCCACAUCCCCCACUCAGAGGACAUUCCCAACACAGCCACACCUGGAAACUCUGUGGGCUUUCUAUUGCGCCCUUUCAACUUCUUCCCAGAAGACCCAUCCAUGGCCGCAAGAGACACUGUAAUUGUGAGGUCCCAGGACAAAGGCCCCAACCAUAUCCAGAGCUGGGUUCCAGAGGAAUUGAAGGGCUGUUGGGUAUAUCCUCCUUUUAGCUACAAUGGAACCUACAGGCCUGUGUAA